ACUAAUUUUAAUUCCACUCCUGCAACUAUCAUAUGUCUUGCUAAGAUAAAAUAUACUAGAUAGAAGUCAGUCAACGGUUAUAACUUAUAAGAUUCUUAAGCCAUGGCCAAUAUAGGUACGCGCUUCUAAUUACCAAACUCAGUUCUAUAUAUUUUCACAGAAAAGCUGCUACUACCAUAACUCUGCAUAAUCACCAAAAUAAAAUAAAAAAAUAAUGUCUUCUUCAAGGGUAAACCUAGAAAAAUGUCGAAUUCCACUAGAGGAGAUCAUUCAGGCCACAAAUGACUUCAGUGAAGAAACUCAAGUCGGAGAUGGUGGUUUUGGUAUGGUCUACAAAGGAAAACUCUCUGAGAAUAACCGCUUAGUUGCCAUCAAACGCCUUAAUCCUACUAGUCGUCAAGGAAACGUUGAGUUCAAAAAUGAAGUCAAGAUGGUUUCAAAUUUCAAUCAUCCAAACAUCAUCCCAUUCAUUGGUUACUGUGAAGAGGCAAAUGAGCAAAUUGUAGUCUACGACUAUGCUACUAACAUCAGCCUUGAUCAUCACCUCCAAGACCCAAAUAAGAGGCGAUGCCUGACAUGGGUACAACGCCUCAAGAUUUGCUUGGGGGCAGCAAGAGGGAUAAAGUACCUACACUCUGGUGUUGGUGAGCACAGGAGAGUAAUUCAUAGAGAUGUUAAGAGUGCAAAUAUUUUGUUAGACGAAAAUAUGGAAGCCAAAAUAUGUGAUUUUGGUUUAUCAAGAUUAAGUCCAAGAAAUCAGCCAGAAACCCAAGUCUUGACAAGGGCUUGUGGUACAAUGUGUUACAUUGAUCCGGUUUACAACGAAAGACGUAGGCUCUCUAAAGAGUCUGACAUAUACUCGUUUGGAGUCGUAAUGUUUGAAAUAUCAAGUGGGAUGAUGGCUUAUCAUGUAAGGCGCUUUGAAGAUACCAAGACACAAUCUAUGAUCGACAUGGUCAGAAGCUACUAUGAUGACCAUCAACUCGUUGAUGGACUUGACAAGCUAAUAGAUACUGCUCUCAAAGGGAAGAUUGAUAUGAGUUCUUUUCAUAAAUUUAAUGAAAUUGCACAUGAGUGCAUUAACAUGGACAUUAAGAAACGCCCUACCAUGGACAGGAUCAUCGAGGGAAUCGAGGAAGCAAUAAAUAUUCAAGAGAAUGGGAAAAAGUUUUAUAUGUUGGAGGCAAACGAUCUAUCCAUUGAAUGGCAGGAUGACACUCGAUACUGGGAAUGGGGACAUGUACCGGAAUCAAGGUUCCCGGAAGUGUGCAUACUCAGAGAAGUAUGGUGGCUUGAAAUCCACGGCAAAGUAGCAGCUGUGAAGCUGUCACAAAAGAGUAAAUAUGUGGCAUAUCUUGUCUUUCGAACCACCGAUGAUUGCAGCGGACUUGCUGUGCCCGCAAAAUCUAGGGUAAGUUAUGGUGGGAUAGAAAUGGAGACUGAAAAUGUUUAUCUCCGAAGACCAAGGCGUGUGCAAGAAAACUAUGUGGUUCCUCAUAAGAGAAAGGAUGGAUGGAUGGAGAUUAAGUUGGGAGAAUUCGAGUACAAGGAAGGAGAUGAUGGGGAGGUUGAGAUGGUGCUUGAGGAGGUAACUCGUCAAAACCGGAAGAGUGGUCUUAUCGUGGAGGGCAUGGAGAUUCGACCUAAAUAACUUUGCAAUUAACUCGUUUUAACCAUUCUUCUUGAUUUAAAAUAUUUAUUCGUGUUAUAAUAUAUAUUGAUAUUGUUAUUUAAUUAAUAAAAUGUGUAAGACAGUAACAACAAUAUAUGAUUUCUAAAAUUUCUAACUGUAGUAACUAUAAAUUACGUCCAUCUUUGUUAAUGAAUGAUGAUGUGGUAUUUCCUAAUACCCAAUGAUCUGUAAAGAUUACGGACUCCACAUUGACGCUGAUUAUUCUUGAGUUGACGCUGCUGACGUUGGUGUUGGUGGUCAUUGUGUAAUUUGUGUUUGAUUAAUCAAAUCAUAAGGUGUGAUCUUACAGCUCAUAGAUUUGAUUUCUUAUUCAAGUUAUUUUUCUGAAAUAAUUUC